AUGACAUCUAUCAAGAAACCUAAUCGCUUGGUUCGGAUCCUAUAUGCGUCCAUUCAUACUGGCGCCGACUUGUUCUCCGCGGCAAGGGAGGGGAACUGUGUCAAAGUUAAGCAGUUGCUAGCAAAAGGUGCAAGCGACUCGGAUGAAUUAUACUUCGAUGGCUCCUCGAUUAUAAGCGUUAAUGCCAGUUUCGGGCAUCAAGAACUUGUUGCUUUACUUAUGCCUGGGUCCUCUAAAAGACAGCUGGGAGAAGCACUAUGGUGGGCUGCCAAGAUGGGACAUCCAGGAGUGGUUGAAUACAUUCUGAGCCACCACCAAAAAAACCUUGAUAAUCUGUUGGUCUAUCGGAAUUCUAGGCUCAGACGAGUAUUUGAUCAGACUGCUUUGCGUGUAGCAGCAGUGGAGGGACACACAAAUGCCGUAAGUCUGCUAUUACAGUAUCGGGAUGACAAAAACAGCGCAUUACUUGCUGCUGCCUCAGGCGGACAGACGCCGAUGGUUUCUGCUUUACUGAAACGUGGUGCUUCUUUGAAUUUUGAAAGUUGCCUGUUGAAUAUCACGCGCAGUUAUCAAAUCAUAGAUGCUGCUGCUGAGGGGGCCAUGAAGAGGUUGUCAGUCUACUUCUAG